ACGAAAAGAAGAUGAUACUUGUCCAUUACCCCAAAUCCAUCACCGCAUCUUUAGUCUAGUGUAGUGUAGUGUCAUCACGCUAGCACCACAUUUUCCCCCAAACCGCCAACAUGGUCUCCCUCAAGCUCACCACCACCAUCGCCACGAUGCUCGCGACCCUCACCGUCGCCGCCCCAUUCCCAGGCCCAGGCCCAGACCCAGCUCCGGCCCCGGUCUCCACCUCCACCUCCACUUCCACUUCCAUCUCCACAUCCACGGCAACCAAGCCCUUCAGCUUCUCCAAAUGGGUAGACGACAUCCUCAACCCCAACGUCGUCGCCCUCACCCCAGAGCAAGCCCUCGAAGCCUACUACCAGAGCAUCAAUGGCACCAGCACCAGCAGUACCACUACUGGUACAGAGCUGUCCAAGAGAGCAGGCGCAACCUGCGAACCCAGCAACUCCAAGCGCAUGCCUGUCGCCGACGCCGUUUACAUAGUCAACAAGAUGGCCGCGGGCGGACAGAAGCCCGUUCACAUGCCGCCUCCCUUUUGCUCGGAGUCCAUCUGCCGCAGCACGAGCGGGAGGUCGGCAAUGGUUGGGCAGAAGGAUUGUAAUUUGUAUGUGGAGGAGCCGUCGGAGUAUUGGGCGAGGGCGGGGGGGUUGAUUAUGGACGCCUGCACUUGGGGUGACAUGAGCGGUGGUAAGAUCAUCAUGCCUGCGAAUUCGUACAUUACUGUGUUGCUGUGGGGUCAAGGGCACUGAUGACGGUUAAAAUGGGUUGAGAUGACUGUCAUGGGCAAUGGUUUAUGUGGUG